UGUGGUCGACUCAGUCUGUGCAUCUGACAGGACUGUUGGGGGGGAAAGAGUGAAAGAAAGUGCCAGAUUUGUUUGGACCUUUUCUGUUCUUUUGAAGAGAUGUCGAGGUACCACAAAGCAGCGAUUGAUGGAAACUUGGACCUCUUGAAGGAGGCCACGAGGAAGGACCUGAACACUGCGGACGAGGAUGGCAUGACUCCCACCUUACUGGCUGCUUUCCACGGACAUGUCGAUGCUCUUCAGCUCAUAUGCAGCAGAGAAGGAGACCCCAACAGGAGUGACAUCUGGGGAAACACACCGUUGCACCACGCUGCAGCCAAUGGCCACAUGCACAUCCUCAGCUUUCUGGUCAACUUUGGUGCCAACCUUUUUGCACUGGACAAUGAACACCACACAGCUAUGGAUGUAGCUGCCUCUCGUGACCGCAUGGACUGCGUGCGGUUCCUGGAUGCUGCCGCCUCACAGCAGACCAACCAAAAUCCCAAGAAGGUUGCCAAUCUAAAGAAGGAGGCCAUCAAAGAAGCGGAGAAGCGUGUGAAACUCUGUGAGAAGGUGAAGAAGAAACACCAGAGCAAGAUGGAUAAAAUGCAGCGUGGAGCUGGCAAUACUGGGCCUGUCUCAGAGGCCAGCUUGGCGUCAGCACUCUCAGAUGGUGGCAACAUGUCUGGUGUUAAUGAGCAGUUCUCCAAGCUUAUUGCUGCUGAUAAAUCUGGCUCCCUUACAGCCAGGGUUAAAGGCACGCUCCAGAAGAAACUUGGGAAGAAAGAUAAAGGCACGCUGCAGAGGGCAGGAGGAGAUGGGAAUGUUAUUUUCCUCAAACAGGAGAGUGUAGCGUCAGAACAGCCGGAGUUUCUGGGUGUCUUCAAUGAGCAGGAUGAGAGCAUGUUAGACGAAGAAGGAAUGGCAGACUUCGACGACUAUGACAAUGAUGAACCAGGCCAAGUCAAACAGUCUAUCUUCAACCGGCCCGGCCUUGGAGGUCUGAUUUUCAUGAAGAAGAUGGGGCUGGAGUCGGAGGACAUCCCCAGCGGAACCAACGAAAGUCUCGGCUACCUCGUUCAGAAUGAGUUAUUUGAGGCAGAGGAGGAUGCCGCCGACUUCGAGGGGAACGGUGACACCGAUUUGCCCUGGGAUCAGGAAGAUCUGGGACUGGAUGAUGACGAUGAUGAGGAAACCUCUCCUCUGGAUGUGUUCUUAUCUGCCAUCUCCUUGCCAGAGUUUGCUCUUGCAUUCAGCAGAGAGCACCUAGACCUGGAGGCGCUGAUGCUCUGCUCCGAUGAAGACCUAAAAGGCAUUCGCAUCCAGCUGGGACCAAGGAAGAAGAUCCUGGAAGCUGUUGCUCGCAGAAAGAACGCACUGGAGACACCUGGCAAGAUAAAGGACAGCUGCUUGUGAUCUAAAAAACACAUGGACAGUGGUAUAUAAUCCCAUUAAUGCAACAGUUCCAACCAAUUUAAUUGGACCGACGGCAUUCAAUGAGCGCCGAUAUAGAGUAUAACAGUACUGGAACUUUAACUAUGCGUGUAUUACUCCCCUUUACAAUUGUUCUAAACCCUUAAUUAAAUCAACCAUUACCAAACCUUGCACCACAAAGGUAAACAUAUCUCCACAAACAGCAUUUGGGUUAAAUUAUAAAUGGUCGUCAGAAGAGGACAAAAGGGAGGGAAAGAAACAUGAAUACUUCACUGCAAACCUCCAGGAUGCAAGUGUGCAUGAAGGUUUAUGUGUUGCUUAACAACAGUCCAGUCCCAGUACAGCUGCAGAAUUAUUUGUGUUGGCAGAGCGAAAUAAAUAUGUAAAUAAACAUCCAUCCAUUUUCGUAACCACUUAUCCUCUUGAGGGUUGCAGGGGGGCUGGAGCCUAUCCCAGCUGACAUUGGACGAAAGGCAGGGUACACCCUGGACAGGUCGCCAGACUAUCAUAGGGCUGACACAUAGAGACAGACAACCAUUCACACUCACAUUCACACCUACGGACAAUUUAGAGUCACCAAUUAAGCUGCAUGUCUUUGGACUGUGGGAGGAAGCCGGAGUACCCGGAGAAAACCCACGCUGACACGAGAAGAACAUGCAAAUUCCGCACAGAAGGGCUCCCUCCUGGAACUGAAUCAAGAACCCUCUUGCUGUCAGGCAACAGUGUUAACCACUACACCACCGUGCCGUCCAUUAAAUAAACAAACAAAUCAUAAUGUAUUGUCACUUAUUAUUGUCCUCUUUUGGCCCGUGGCUGCGUGCCUACGUCCUGAUCACAGUCGUGAUGAUGUUCAGUACAACACCGCUCCUUCUGUGUGAUUUUGCUUAAUUGCCACCAAAAAUGAGUCUGUAUCUUUUGUAAAGACAGCAAAGAGUUUGAUUUUCUGUGUUAAAUAAAGAUUAUUCAACAAUCUAUCUCAGCAACAACUUUAAGAAAUGAGUUUAUGUUCAUGGCUGUGGAAUAAUGGAAUUAUAUCCAAUUUUCAAACAGCAUAACAGGUGUGUCAAGGACUUACAAUAUCAACAAUAGCCUCUGGAAAGACAAUAAAAUUAUAAUAUUAGCAGCUAAAUCUGAAUCUAUAUUGUCAUGCUUUUUAUGAUAAUUUUGA